ACAAAGAAAGAAAGCCAGGCCAGAGACGCUUUGUAGUGUUUGGUUUUUAGAUUACUUAAUUAAUUUUAUUAAAAUUGAUCUGAAAUAAAUCCCAAAUGUUGUUGAAAUUAUAAAUAACUAUGGAAACAAUAUAAAUCUACUGAACCAUGGAGGAAUUAUGUACUGCCUGUUUGUGUACUGGAAGAAAUUUAUACUUCAUAGGCGACACGAGUGAUUUCGAUCUCUAUUUGCAAAUAUUGAAUGAAAUACGUGUGGACACGUCAGCCCUCCGUGUACUUGUGUGCUGGGAAUGCCGCGCGCUGCUGCGGCGGCUGCGGCGCUUCCGGGCCCUCGUGAGGAGCUCUCACAUGUUGCUCACAAAGAUUUGUGGAAACAGUGUAGAGAACGUUGCGCGCGCGCCGCACCUCGCUAUACACAAGGUGUCCCUGAUAUCUCUGCCUUUCGAUGACGUCAUUCUCAAGCCGGAACCGGAAGCGGAAUUGAACAAAGAAGAGGCCCGCCCACUGUCGGUGGUCAAGAGCGAGCCGGAUGACGUCACGGAGCACAGCGAGGAGACCUUCGUCAAUGACCUGUUGGUGGAGAAACCUGUGGACGAACCGCCGAGGAGUAAGACAAAAGAAAAAACGAAAAGCAAGUUAAAAGUCAAGAAGGUGAAAAAAAGCAUAGGGAAGAAAAAUAACAUAGUUAACAAAAAGAUGCGCAAGCGCAAGAGGAAAAUAUCUGUUUCUUCCGAGUCCAUAGACAAUGUAGAUGUAGGCAUAGACUGUGAUACUGCGUCCGUGAAUGGAGAGGAGAUUGAGGAGAAGUUGAGUGAGAAAGAGAUUCAAGAAGAGACGGCUAAAGAGGAAGGAGUUAGUAAGAAAGCGGUGAACGGGUCAGGCCCACGUGUCCCACUGUUGGACAACGAGCGGCCGCAGUGUGCGGAGUGCGGGAAAGUGUUUAGUUCCAGGAAAACUUAUAGAUACCAUCUUAAUGUCCUUCACAAAGGGCAGAAUCGCUACCCGUGCCCGCGCUGCGGGAAGGUGUACCAGUGGAAAUCCAACCUGGGCAGACAUAUGAGGAGCCACAAGGCGCGUGACGCCGGAGAACUGUACUGUGGGGAGUGUGACAAGAGAUUCGCGUCAGUCGCGACAUACAGACAACAUCUCAAGGUGUCGCGGCAACACGUGUCUGAGAGCGAGUUCAGCUUCAUGUGCACGGACUGCGGCAAGAAGUUCGUGAACAAGACGCGCCUGCGCGACCACGUGGACUGGGAGCACCUCAACAACAUCAAGUUCCGCUGCCAACUCUGCAAUAAGCCGUUCAAAUGCCACACGUCGCUGUACGUGCAUAUGCAAAACGUGCACCGCAACAAGGAGAAAAAGGACAACCUCUGCCACGUCUGCGGGAAGUCCUACCAGAACGCAGCGAAACUGAAGUAUCACAUAAUAGCGAUGCACACGCACGAAACGCCGUACCGCUGCGCGCACUGCGCCGCCGCCUUCGGCUGGUACUCCAGCCUGUACCGCCACGUGCGCGAGGUGCACUACAAGAUGAAAGUCCAGCCGAAAAAGUCGAAGCGUCCAAAAAAAGGGGAGUUACCACCACUAGUGCCAGUCUCUAUCCACCCCGCAAUGCCGUGAGACGUGGCCACAGACAGCGAAGACUAUAGACACGGUUAUAUCUUUCGUUUCACUCAAUUAGAAAUACAUGUAUGCAUUAGGACAAAUCACACAGAUUGAGCUAG